CUUGUAACAUUAAAAGCUUGUUGUACUUACGAAAAAGACCAAUCAAUUUAACACGUCCAAGAGAGUAUUACAAGAUGGAAGGUCAAAAAACACGCAAGCUUUAUAUAAUGCGUCAUGGUGAACGCGCAGAUCACGCUUUUGGUGACUGGACAACCCAAUGUUUCGAUAAAAACGGCAAUUAUUUUCAAACGGAUCUAAACAUGCCCGAAAUUGUACCUAAGCGUUCUGGAGUACAUAAUGCUUACUUGAAGGACUCCCCCUUAACAAAAAUCGGCAUUUUUCAAGCUCAGCUCACAGGUGAAGCUUUCAAAAAAGCGCAAAUCAACAUUUCGCACGUGUAUAGUUCACCAUCACUACGCUGUAUUCAAACGAGUCACGCGUUUCUGGAAGGCUGUGGCAAAAACGACAUUAAAAUUAAAGUGGAACCAGGACUUUAUGAAUGGUGGGCUUUUUUUGGUGACAGUUUAGCUGAAUGGUUAACUCCAAAAGAACUAACAACCUGGGGUUAUAAUAUCGACUUAGAAUACCAACCUAUUAUAUCUGUAGAUACAUUAGGUAGUAAAAAGGAAACCUGUGCUGAGUAUUGUUCUAGAAAUUUGGUCGUCAGUACACAGGCAAUGAAGGCACAUUCACACGGAAAUGUGUUGUUAGUGGCACACGGAUCUACUGUAGCCGUGUGUUCGUGGGAACUAAGAGGAAAAAAAAUUAAGUUAACACAGGAUGCAAUAGAUGUUAUAGUGGCAAUUCCUUAUUGCGGUUUUAUAGAACUUAGUCAGUGUGGAGAUAAGUGGAAGAAUGAGCGACCUUUUCUGCAGCUCAGCCACACAUCUAACGCAGUUUUUGAUUACAGUCGACUGUUUUAAUAAUUAAGAUUUCACCGCCGGAAUUGCAGAACAUCCAACUCCAAAAGCAAAACCGAAAAUUGUGUCGUUUUAUUAUAACUAGGGGGUCUUCAUAUUGUCUAGUACGAUUAUUAUCAACACGUGUGUCGCAAUUUCUACCGCACAAUAUAUCAUUAGUUUAAAUAGUUCAUUAAAUACGAAGUGAUAAGAACUUUUAUUUUUGUUUAUUUGCACGCUUUGUAACCUUGUAUUUUUAACUUUAAUCCAUGCGCUAUUUCUACAUACGAAAAAGUGUAUUAACAUUACCACGUUUGGAACAUCACAAGAUGGAAGUAAAUUAACCAACAUUUAAAAAAUCUUAAAUUUAAAUAAUUUUAACCACAAUUUUUAGGGUCGAGAAACACACAAGUCCUAUUUAAUGCGUCAUGGUGAACGCUCAGAUACGUUUUCGGUGACUGGAUGUCCCAAUGUUUCGACAGAUACGGCGAUUAUUUCCCGACAAAUCUAAACAUGCCUGAAACUGUACCUAAACGUCCUCAAGGACAUCAUGUUUACGUCCACGACCCCCCUUUAACAAAAACCGGCAUUUUUCAAGCACAACUAACCGGAGAAGCGUUCAAAAAAGCGCAACACGACGUUUUCUCAAAGGUUGUGGCAAAAAUAAGGUGACCAACCGUACUGUUUUUCCAGAACAGUACUGUUUUUUCGAACUUCAGUUCUGGGUAAAAUUUUUCGAUGUCAAAACCAGUAAAUGUUCUGGUUUUUGUAAAGUGUUCUG